CACAUAAUAAUAACAAAACGUAAACAAUCGAAAAGUGAAAAGCAACAAUUCAUUUGAUUGCUGUGCGCGUCGUCGUCGUCCAUUUUGUCUGUGUGCCCCUUCCGUUUCCGGCAAUCGCAACAAAUUUUUGGCAAAGGCAGGCAACAACUGAGGACAACCCACAACAACAACAGCGACAACAACAACAACAGCGACAACAAACGCGCGCGCAACAAUCAAACGCCGCCCACACACACGUCUCGUGUGCAACGCGUUCCCCCUCGUUCCCCCUCGUGACCACCCCUUGUCGCGAAAGCUAAAGCCGAGAGCAGGACGAAGUCGGUAACUGCGAUAUGCGACAUGCGAAUCGCGUAACAAAACAAAACACGAAAGGACGCAACUGCCAUUCCAUGUGAGAGUUGAAGAAACCCAAAAAAACGACCAAUUUUCAAACGAAAAGUCUUAAUAUAAAACUGCUGCUGCAAACUGAAUGACUGAUUUUUCUGGAACAGCAUUUACCUCUUAAAGAACUUUAUACUUAUCGAUAUCCAAAACAAAAAACAUAUGUCAAGAAUGGCAAAUCAUUUACUAUAAUACUUAGGGCUUGUCUAUUAGUAAUACAGCUAAUUUAGAACUCAAGCAAAGUAGUUAGCUAUCAAAUAUUUAAUUGACAAAACAUCUUUAAGAUAAGCAACAAAAAAAAAAAAAGAAAAACAAAAAUAAACCCGAAAAGACGAGUAAGAGGAAGAGUGCAGGAAGAGAGUUCAAGGAGUGAGGAAUGCAGCGUUGUCCAUAUCUACAUGAGAUGCGAGAACGCCUAUUGGAUCAGCCAAGGGAAACAUUACAGCUGGAGAAUAUGGAACGAGCCAAUUUACUGGACAAUCGCCAAUCGGCAACCGAAUCGCAUCAGGUCGGCACUGUGGUCAAGCUACAAGGCGAUGGAUACCAUACGAGUCCCGCUCAUCAGCGCACACCGCUAGUACCACAUGAUCUGGGCGAGGAUUUCAAUUUGGAUUUCGAUGAUGACUUUCCGAUCGAUGCACGACGACCAAAAAAUGCCAAGGUUUGCUACACGUUCAAGCCAAAUCCAAAUAAGCACAGUUUUAUGCCAGCGAAAAUAACGGUGCAGGGCACAUAUCAAACAAAUCCAAUAACUGGACCAAUCGAACUAUGGACAUCGCUCUUCAUUGUUACCAGCCUGGUGUAUGCGAUCCUUUUGAUUGUUGUUUGCAUCGCAUAUGUGAUCAGCGAUGUGACCACACACCGACUACCGGUGCUCUACUACGAGACGUUCUUCACUUACCUUUAUGGCACCAGCAUACUCUUCCUGUUGUACGUCUUUUGUUUCCUGCUGCAGGAGAGCUCUUGCUGUAAUGGCGGCAAUGGCGGCAGCAAACCGAAACCACAGCCCAAAGAGAAGAAAUCGAAGAAAACGAAGAAUGCAGAUCCAGCCGAUUCGAAGGAUGCGAAAGGCUCUAAGGACUCUGGAAAAGCUGGAAAAGGCGCCGCAUAUCAGGAAGCACCCGUAGAUGCCGAGGUGGCCGUAACCCCGAAGAAUACACGCAAGAGGAAGACUACGCAUAGCGAUCUCACGCACGGAAGUUUCUUUUUGCGCGUCGGUGCCAUCGCUUUUGGACUAGGUGCCAUGAUUUAUAUUGGAUUGGAGUUUGGUUCGUUCUUUGAGAUACCAUUCGAUUCGCCCUGUCAUCACAUACUGAUCGGUGUCAAUCCACUGCUCCAGAUGAUAUUCACCUUUAUGCAGAUGUACUUUAUAUUCAUGAAUGCACGGUUGAACAUCCAUCGCUUCAAGGUGAUCGCUCGGUUUGGACUGAUGCAUGUGGUGGCCACCAACAUCUGCGUUUGGAUACGUACUUUGGUCAAGGAGUCACUGCUGGAGAUCACAAUCUAUCAUCAGAAGCGUGAAGCGGAUCCGGAGGCAUCGUCGAUUGCCCAUUCGAUCCGGCAGCAUGCACUGCGUCACGCCGGAACCGUGCUCCGGACACACACGGGACCCAACAGCGAGUUCGAGGUACUCGACGGCGAGGAUGUGCUGCCCAAGAAUGUGUACAAGAGCGACAAUGUGCUGUCCAAGCUGGUGCGCAACACGGUCGAUGGCAUCUCCAAGAGUUUGGGCAUGGGUGGGGGGGAUGUUGCCAGCAGCACCAGCAGCCCCACAACGACAACAACAACCACAACAACCAUGAGGACGGCAUAUACAACGCCUGGCUAUCAAUGGCACAGUACUACUAUGGCCCGCAAGCUGAAGAAGUUUAUCACUAGCACCACAGCUGCCACCAGCACCAUGGGUAGCACUAGCAGCAGCAGCACAACAACAACUACAACCACAGCAGCCAGCAGCAGCGGUAUGCCAAUGCCAUCAUUUAACAGCGCUGCAACGGCCGUCGACAUGAGCAGCACGACCAGUGAGACACCCUUUAAUAGCUUGCAACGCAUCCUCUCAAGCGCCGCACCGAGUCUAACGCCCAUCGAUGUGGCCGCACCCACGUUGCCCGCUGCUGUCGACGGCAAUGGACAUGGCAAUGGAUUUGGCACGGCCACCUCCGGGGUAUCGUCAUUCCUCAACAGCCUGGCCGCAUCCACGCCCAGCACAAGUGUCAGCGAUAAUACGCCAGCGAGCAGUACGGAGAGCGCUGUGAAUAUUAUGAAUAAUCUAUUUGGUCCCGGCAUGGAGAAUAGCUUCCAAACGUAUUCGGAUAUCUCGCAUGAGGAGUCCAAUGGUCUGGUUGGUCUGGCCUUUGAGAAUUUCGAGAAUUUGGACAACAUAUAUCCGGCGGCGCUGUCUUCCAACAUUGGCACACUCAAUUCCACCGCCUGCGGACGUAUUGACAUUAUGGGCACCAUUGUGUAUGAUUCGGCGCCGUAUCUGUAUCCGUUUAUCAUUGAAUACUCGCUGAUCGGAGCGGUGGUCUUGUAUGUCAUGUGGAAGCACAUCGGUCGCUAUCCGGGUCGCAUGAACGAUGAGGAUCUCGAGCAUAGGCUGGAGGUGAUGCUAUCCCGUCGAGCCGUUGCCAUGGCACAGCAGGCACGUUCCGGUCGCGUCGAUUGCGUUGGCUCAUCGAAGGGUCUAUUCUUUGGUCUGUUGUUGUUGGUCGGCGCGCUGAUUUGCUUGAUACUCUUCUUCGUCUUGGUGCGUCAUCAGAAGUUCUCGCUGUUGGCCAUUUAUCUCGCCGAUGCCAGUCACUGCAUCCUCAUGGCCUUUGCCAUACUGGCCAUCAUCAUUGGGUUCAUCAGAGUCAAGAACUUGAAAUUCCGCUGCGAAGAGCAAUCGAGUCUGAAUGACAUUUUGUUGCGCAUCUCGGCCUUUGGCCUGUUCACUUACUCAGUGUUCAGCAUCAUUGCCGGCAGCUUGAAGGUGCUCGAGAGUGAGCCCAGUUUGUUGGUCACGACCACGGGCGGUGUUGCCGUCUUUCAGGUCAUUCUACAGCUGCUGUUUAUUGCCGAUGUAUCCCGUCGCCGUGUCCAUUUGCCGGAGCAUGAUCGCAGCAAGCCCGGACGCCAGAUUGUUACCUUCCUUCUCAUCUGCAAUGUGGCCAUGUUUGCCAUCUACACAUUCGAAGCUCAAAAAGUAUUCGCCAAUCCUGUGCAACUGGAGUUCUACGGCUUUGUACCCUGGUCCAUCAUCCAACGCAUCACACUGCCCCUCUGCAUUUUCCAUCGCUUCCACAGCGCCGUGACACUUGCCGAGAUCUGGAAGACCACCUACAAGGCGCGCUUGGAGUAAGAUCUUGGAUUGGAAGAGCAUAAAGCAGUUCGAAUGCUAGAACGAUGAGGUUAUGUAAUGCACCAACAAAAAAAAAACACAUCAACAUGAAAGUAAAUGAAAAGCAAAGAGAUUGAAGGGUAUGAAAUAAAUGGCAAAUAUUAUAGCAAACCGAAACGCGAAUGAAAAAGUUUAAUGCUUGUUUCUAAUUGCAUAUUAUAUAUAUAGAUACACAUAUUGUAUCUUAUAUAUAUAUAUAAAUAUAACUUUAUGUUUUUAGUUACGCAUACGUAUAGGUUAACUAAGUUCAAAAUGCGAAAUAAAAAAUAAAAAAAAACAAAUUAAAAGCAGCAGAAAAUUAAAAGAGAAGAACAAUGCAACAAAGCAACAAUUGAGUUGUAUUAAAGAGAGCUAACUCCCAAAGCAAAACAUUGGACCAUUGCCGCCCAAUUUGGGUGUGUGGUUUAGGACAGCAUGAACCAAAACUUAGAGCGUAUAUUGAGAUGAUUAAACGAUUAAACGAUUAAACGAUUACAUGUUUAAACGAUCCACGGAUCUGACGAUCAUUAUUGAUGCUAAAUACCAAAACGAUUGACAAAGCAAUUAUAACAAACAAAAAAC